AUGGGGCUGCAAGACGCUGAAGCGGUUCUAGCCAGGCUUCGCGAGUCGCGCCUCUCGACCGAAGAACGUCGUACGGCUCUGGACUCUCUCCGCACCACCCUCGAAUCGCUCUCUCCUGAUGCUGUCCUUCGUAUAGCCAAGGUCGCGAUUAGCGAUGGUCCGAACGAUGUCCGCCGCAUCGCAUGUCAGUUCUGCUCCUCCGGCAUCGAUGUGGAUCUGUUCAAGAAUGCUGCAAACGAACGUACACGUGAUGCUAUUAACGAGCUCAUCGAAACGAUCGAGACAUUCUUGAGGACAUCGCUCAAAGUUCAAACCUCAAAAUCUGUGUCUUCAUCGUCUCGAACAGCGACAGACGUUCUGAGUCUACCGAUGUCUGUCUUACGAGCUAUCGCGGCCGCACUGAAGACGCUUCAUGCUCUGAUUCGCAUCUCGCCGAAGAAAGCAAGACCAGCCACCCUGGCUUCACAGAGCACUGGCAGAUCGCUACACCUAAUUAGCCUCUUUGAUAUUAUUCUACCUUGUCUCCAGGCUGGAAUCCGGGUCGGCCGAUCACCACCGUCGUCAAUACCACGGUCGAGCAGCAGCUUGCAAGCGAGCGCUUUCUCGUGGAGUGACCAGUUACGGCAAACACGCACACUUGCUUCCCACAGCAGCAUCCGCAACACCGACCAGAUUGACGCUUCUUCGGCUGGCGAGACGGACCGCAAGAGCGACAAGAGCGAAAGUGAGCGCAGCGACUUCUCCACCGCCUCGACAUCGAUCAGGACCCGAAAGGAUGAAUCGCGACAGCAAGAGGCAACCGCCAAGCUCAUCCGUCAAAACGCAUUGCACUGCCUCGUCGAGCUCAAUAGGCACGAAUCACGUGCGCUCAUCUCGCGCUGGAGCGAUCUCCUACCAGAUCAGCCUGCUAUCUCACUCACACCAGAUAGAGCUCUCAUUUCAACAUCAGCUACCUCUCGUUUUUCCACCUCGACUAGCGUCUUGGCACCCUUCUCGCUCUGCACGCUCGUCACACAAGAUCCGUCCACCUCGGUACGGCUCGCUGCCAUGGCAGCACUCGAAUCCAUUCUGUCACAUGGAACACUACAGCUAUCGAUGGCACAAGAACGAACGCAGCGUGCGCUUUCGUUUACGUCACUCUCGUCACAGUUGGCAGGCUGGAUCGUCAACAUUCGAUCGUAUCUCAUGGUUGCUCUACAGCGGGCUGCGACCGUACCGCGUGCGUCGGCCAGAACGGAGGGCAGCGCAGACGUGGUUGGGUAUCCGUCUUCUUUGGCCAUUGCACUGCUGCAGUUGACGAGAACUUUUGUGGUCAGCACUGCGAGAGCGAAGCUGGUAGCGACGAAUGCGAGUAUACUGACACCAUCGGUGGUGCCGUUCGCCUCAAGUAGCGACCCGCAAGUACAAGCGUCAGCAAAAGAGCUGAUUGCGAUCUUGACGCCGUCGUCGAAGCCACCAAGCAGUUCGGCUAUGGAAACACGGACGCAGGCAGAUGCAGGCUCGAUAUUGAUUGAGAGCAUUGCUCCUACAUUAGGUCGGACGCAACUGGACGCUGCGCAUCUGCAGCUCACCGAUCUCCUCGGCGAGGGUGUAGAACCAACAACGGAGAUCUGCGAACGCGUUCUGGCCGCUUUUGAAACUGCCGUCGACCCUCUAGGCCAAUUGCCAAUCUGGUCGAUCUUCAUCAAGAACAUAGCUGAUGCUCCUACGCCUCUGCUGAGCACAGAAUCGUCCGCACGCCUCUUUGCCGCGUGGCAAUGUUUAUGCGCAGAGAUUAGCGGUACUUCUGAACAGCAAUGUGCUGUCCUGUCAAUCGUACCAGACCUGUGCAAAGUGCUUUCAAGGCAUUCUGCACUGGACACCAGCACGUCGUCAUUAAUCCUGCAGUACGUGGAGCAAUGCUGUAUGGACCCUGACGAGGCGGUACGCGCUGCAGCUGUGCGCGUGCUUGGGCUGCUGGUGCUUCCCCCAGAAAGCACCGCCGAUCCAACGGUUGAGCACCAACUACGCAUUUCAAAAAGCUUGGAUCGCGUUCUGUGGGCGAACCGAGACAAGGAUGGCACCGGGGCCUUGCACGACAGCUCGAGUUUGGUGCGUCAACGUGCAUCGUGGGCCUUUUCAAACGCAGUCGAAGCGCGGUUGCGAUCGCAAGAGCGCUUGGACGAGCACGAAUGGGUCGCACACGCUCGAUACUGCCUAGAAGCGGGCAGGGACAUGGAAGGAGUGGCCGUAUCCGCUUGUCGCGCAUCGGGAACUCUCUUAGCGUUGUUGACGGGUGCAGAGGCAUCGAGCCAGACGUGCCGUUCGCUAGGAAGCUCACUAAUGGAACAGCUCUGCAGAGUAUUGAGCACGACGUCCAAGCCGCCCAAGUCAAGAUGGAAUGCCGCGUCUGCGCUGGAUCGUGCGCUCGGUUCGGAUGUCGUGUUGACGGAAGUUCUCGAGCCGUCUGCUGGAACUGGUGACGGUUUGCUGGAUAGGAUUGUAGAGCUGCUGUGCUCGAAUCUGGAUGCUAAGGUGUUCAAGAUUCGAGUGAGCGCAGCCAACGCCCUUGUUUCCCUAUGCAGCACCGCACAGAAGUCCAAUGGCUGGACUGGCAGCCGCCUUGAUCUGCUGGGAGAGCAGCGCGCUGGAAGGAUUCGGAGAUUUGCCUUGGCUCGACUGGCUGAGCUCGAAGGGGCGGCCACAUCGAAGGAGUCGACGCUAUACUCGGACGAGCUCAAGCGUCUGUUGAACAGUCUAGUUGCAUCCAUUCCACCCCCUUCUUAG